AGACUGAUGAGGGUGGUCAGAGACCCUAGACUUUGCCACCUGUGUCUCUGACGUUGAUGUUUUUCAUUGUCCCACAGUAAGAAGACAAAGGAGAACACAUAUGGCUCUGCGGAGACACAUACAGAAUGGCUGACAGUUGAAAGGUUAUUGUCUGCAGGCUGUUGGGGACAGAUAAAACAGCCGUUUGCCAGGCACCAGUCCACAGAGUUCACCAUCAAGUACAGCUCUGAGAAGGACCCCAUCCAGAAGCUGGACCUGGUAACCAGUGCAAUGGCAGCUGAGUACCAGCAGCCUCUCAUGCUCGGCACAGACACUGUGUCCCGAAAAGGCUCGACGUUCAGACCCAUGGACACCGAGGCCAAAGACAAGGACAUCGAGGCAACUUCUCACUACGACCACCUGCAGACGGGCAUCCAGUACGCCCUGCCACUGACCAAUCAGGAGCCAGAAUACGCCACGCCCAUCAUCGAGCGCCACGCCUUCCGCAAAGAUCCCUUCCUUCUGGAUCCCAGCUACAGCGUCCCAGGCGUUGUACUAAACAAAAGCCCGUCGUUUAGAGCGGUGGAGGGCAGUAUCUGUAGGAAAGUGAUCGGAGGGCUGGCCGGGGGCUACCAGGCGGCCCACGUCAAAACGGACAGGGGGAAUUACCCAGAAGACAUCUACGACAGCCCUAAAAUCCAGAAGCCCGCCAUGCAGAAUGGGAAUUGCUCGGAGAACCAGAGAACCCAGAUUAAAUCCCAGGUUCAAGAGUGCUAUUCCACUCCCAGAGACUGCGUCAGACUGCCUUUCUCCGGACUCAGGCCAGACCCAGAGGGCAGCAGCUCAGAAGGAAGCUGAGAAGAACCAUACUGUGAUGUUGCCUGAUUUACCUGACUCAACAAAAUCACCUCCAGACUACUUAACUUAUUUGUGAAUGAGGGACAACUUUUUUUGUAUAUAUGAUGUACUUUGUCUUUUUUUUUAUGCAGAAAGUUGAAGGGGACGAAUGCAUUCAUUCCCUAAUCGGACACAAACUGUGAAUGCGAGCCAGAUCUUCAUGUGUUCUACACUGUGACCAUAAUCUCAGUUUUUUCAGACUCUGCUUCAGAUAUCCUUAAAGGACAAUUUCACUGAUUUUCAACCAUCUUUGCAUUGUUAAAAUGUUGGUUAUGUAAACGUUCAAUGUUAAUUCCCUAUUUAUUUUUUCACCAAAAUACUAUUAACAGCCAGGUGAUGUUUUGUGUCAUAUGUUGACUUUUGAUGACAGAAACUAGUAUAUUUGGGUGCAGGUAACAUGGAGAAAGAGUAUACAUUUUUUACAUUUGCAUAUGCUACCAACAUUUGAACAAUACAAAGAAAAUCCUUAAAAAAAAAAGGUUCCUUUAACCAUUACAUUGAGGUCCACAGGCAGAAAAUAAGAUAUUACAGCAAGCGGACCAGAAGCUCAGUAGGAGAACUGCAGUAACACAGAAUCUGUCUCCUAAAAUGUGACCUAGAACCAUUCCACGUUCAUGUCUCUUCACCAAUCAAAGCACAUGAAAUUAAUUCAAAACGCGUUUUUAAGUAGCCUAACACAUCUAAACUGGAAGCAAGCUGUGUGUCGAUGCAACAAAAUUUGCUCAAUUCCAUAAUGCAAGCAAAAUGAUGAUCUAGAAAUGAUUUGGUUUGACAUGCUGCUCUUUUCCAAGUGUAUAUUGGGUGUAAGGGUCAUAUUCUUACGUUAGAUUCAGCCGUUUGGAUCAUUUUUCAUCUCUCAUUCUGCUGUAUGCAAUUGCAUUGUUGUAUCUCAAAGGAUUUGAUCUUUCUUCCAUGCAGAGUUUUGUUGUGUUCACUUUGUUGUUUUGGACUCGCCUUGUUCCAUGUGAAAACUGGCUGUUUAAAGCAAUAACAGACUAAAAUGGCUUAUUUCAUAAUGUCUUUAUUUGGACUGUCUAUAGGAGUAUACAUUUGUAUGUACAGGUCUGAAAUGUAUAUUUAGUAAAAAAGUAAAGUAAAAAAACAAAAAGAUAUGUUACUUUUCGCUAUCAAAGAUUAUUUAAAGGGACAGUUCUCUCAACAAUUGUUGUUUUUCAUUCUCAUUUAAUUCCAAACUCAUAUGACUGACUGACUGACUUCUGUGGAACAUGAGAAGAAAUUAUAAACAAAAUGUAAAAAUGUUCAUUUUUGAGAUUUCAACAAUUCUUUUUGUUCCCGAAAAAGAGAGAGUCAUAAUGGAUUAGAGUUAACGAUGAAGGUAUUUUCAUUUUCAGGUGAACUGUCCCUUUAAGAAUUCAGAAGACCUCUUAGUUGCUGCUGUUUAAGGGACAAUCCCUGUUAAAGAUUACUGACUGGUCUUAAUUUCUGUGAAAUGUUUUGGGGGAUGUUCUUGGGGACUGAUGGUUAAUGUUUGAAAUGCCCAAGAGGAUCUGGUCAUGCUGGUGUGUUCCAAGUGCUUCGCCACUGAGAAUCUCAGUGCUGUGUUUGUGCUUGUCUAAACCCUGAUUAAAGGCACCAGUAGU